GGCGCGCGGCGGCGGCGGGAACCGGCCCGGAGGUUCCGGGGGUCGCGGAAGGCGCUUGGCCACGCCCCCUCUUAAAGGGGCAGCGCCGCUUUUUGGGAUGCUUUCGCAGCUCUUCAUCCUCAGCUCCAAGGGGGAUCCCCUGAUCCACAGGGAUUGGAAUUUUCGGAGGGUUUCCAGGGAGCUGGUGACGCUGCUCCGGGAUUUCUGCGGCCCCCUGAGCGAGAAAAGCCUGGCAAUGAACCUGGGACUGGUGGGGGAGCUGCUGGAGGAACUGGUGGAUUUCGGCCACAUCCAAACCACGAGCCCCGAGAUCCUGCGGAGCCUGGUGCAGUCGGAGCCCGAGAGCCCCAAACCCUUCAGCCUCCUCGACCUGGGAUCCGUGGGGCUGUUCGGGGCGGAGACGCAGCAGAGCCGGGUGGUGCCGGGGGGAGCGGCCUCCAGACCCCUUCCCCCGCCUCGGGGGGAUCAGCCCCUCAAACCUGAAGUUUUCGUCGACGUCCUCGAGCGCCUCUCGGUCGUCAUCGCCGCCAACGGAACCCCCCUGAAGGUGGACGUGCAGGGAGAGAUUCGCCUCAAGUGUUACCUCCCCCCCGGCGUCGAGCUCCUGAUUGGCCUCACGGAGGAAUUUUGCGUGGGAAAAUCGGAAUUGAGGGGCUACGGAACGCCGGUGCGGGUGGACGAGUGCUCCUUCCACAGCUCCAUCCGGCUGGACGAGUUCGGCUCCGGGAGGGUCCUCAGGGCCUCCCCCAGCCAGGGCGAGAUGACGCUGAUGCAGUACCAGGUCCAGGACGAAAUCCCAGCCCCGCUCCCGUUCCGGCUUUUCCCGACCGUGGAAGAGGAGCCCGGGGGAAGGAUCCGGAUUUAUUUGAAGCUGCGCUGUGACCUCCCCCCCAAGAGCCACGCCAUCAACGUCCGGCUGCAGCUCCCGGUGCCCAAAGGCGUCUCCAGCCUGUGGCAGGAGCUGAGCAGCCCCGACCAAGCGGCCGAGCUGGAUUUGCCUUCCCGGAGCAUCCGGUGGGAAAUUCCCAAAAUUCAGGGAGGAUCCCAACUCUCCGCCCUCUUCAAGGUGAGAAUUCCCAAAUUUCCACCC